AUGGCUGCUGUUACGAGAAUCUUUUUGACCGGCGCCUCCGGUUAUAUCGGCGGGGAGAUCCUGCAUGCGUUACAGAAGGCAAGUCCGAAUUAUCAUGUCAGCGCCUUGGUGAGAGAUCAGGCUAAAGGCGCGACAAUCACCAAGGCCUACCCUGAAAUGCGCAUUGUGCUAGGCGACCUCGACUCGGUGGCGCUAGUCGAGGAGGAAGCUACGAAGACGGACGUUGUUAUUCACGCUGCCAGCUCAUCCCAUAUCAAGAGUGUCGAGGCCAUUGCGCGUGGUCUAUCGCGCCGCGACAGCCCAGUUCCCGCACACUGGAUACAGAUCUCCGGCGCCAGCGUCCUCUCGAUAUCCGACAUUGUUCAAGGCCGAUUCGGUGAAGGAAGCGACGAAACAUUCAGCGACGUCGAUGGUGCCGACAAGCUCCGCGAAAUCAUCACCCAAAAUGCAAACAGACGCGUCGUCGAUCACUUUAUAUUCAACUUUACUGGGCCCAAGACUGCUCUUGUCUUCCCUCCGAUUAUCUAUGGUCAGGGCCAAGGGCCGGUUAGCCGGCGCAGUGUGCAGAUCCCCGAGCUGGCGAGGGUGGCGAUCCAGACUGGUACUGCUAUUCAGGUCGGCAAGGGACAGAGCACCUGGAGCAAUGUCCACGUCUCUGAUAUCGGCGAUAUCUUUGUCAAGUUGGUUGAGAAGGCUGCGCGGGGGGAGACGGACGGGCUGUGGAAUAAAGACGGGCUGUACUUUGCUGGCAACACCGCUGUGGUUAGUGGCGACACUUUUGAAGAGGCAUUGGCAAUCGCUGACUGUGAGCAGAGUUUCAAACAGAUUUCGCAAAAAGUGGCAGAAGCAGCAAAGGACCUAGGUCUGAUUGAGUCGGCGACGGUCAGGGAGGUGGGCCACGAGGAGGCAGAUAAGCUCAGCUCACAUGGCGCUGUUCUUUGGGGGACGAACGCGCAGCAAAACUCGCAGAGAGCACGACAGCUGCUUGGUUGGGAACCAAGGGGCAAGUCUUUGGAGGAGGAGAUUCCGGAGACGGUCCGAGUGGAGGCAGAGAGACUGGGGAAGCUGUAG